AUGCCCGAGUGUGAACUAAUGCCAGAUUAUGAACUAUUGCCAAAGUGUGAACUAAUGCCCGAGUGUGAACUAUUGCCCGAGUGUGAACUAAUGCCCGAGUGUGAACUAUUGCCCGAGUGUGAACUAAUGCCCGAGUGUGAACUAUUGCCCGAGUGUGAACUAUUGCCCGAGUGUGAACUAUUGCCCGAGUGUGAACUAAUGCCCGAGUGUGAACUAUUGCCCGAGUGUGAACUAAUGCCCGAGUGUGAACUAAUGCCCGAGUGUGAACUAAUGCCAGAGUGUGAACUAAUGCCCGAGUGUGAACUAAUGCCAGAGUGUGAACUAUUGCCCGAGUGUGAACUAUUGCCAGAGUGUGAACUAUUGCCAGUGUGUGAACUAUUGUCAGAGUGUGAACUAAUGCCCGAGUGUGAACUAUUGCCCGAGUGUGAAGUAAUGCCGAGUGUGAACUAUUGCCCGAGUGUGAACUAUUGCCAGUGUGUGAACUAUUGUCAGAGUGUGAACUAA